AUGAGAAUCGAGAAAGUGAAGGGUAACGGUGAAAGUGUCCCCAUUUUAGGGGAGAAAGAGAGAGAUAGAGGUGUGAAUUUGACACGUGUAGACGUGGUAAUUUUAACAGGGAGGGUAAAUUUUUACUCUUUCUUCGCACGCCAGGUUCGUGGCGGGAGAUGCACUUCGUCUCGCUACUCCCCCUCCUUCUGCUUCUCCUUCGUGUCACAUUCUGUCUUAACACUUAAGCAGACUCGCAGAGGGUUCCUAAGCCACUACUUAGCAAAUGGUAUUUGUCCCAUAGUUAGUGGUGAGACCAUGGUGCAAGCCAAAAGCUGCAAGAUGCCGAAGGAAUCCUUCGCUGCUAAGUUCUCAGAGGUCAAAGGCAUCCCGUCCUAA